CCCAGCCCGCCGUCGGAGCGGAGCCGGGAUAGAUGCUGGGACGCUGGGUGCGCGGCUCCAGCUCCCGCGCGGCGGUCCCGACCGUACCCGGAGUCGCAGGGAGUCGCCGCUGGAGAGGGGCUCGGCGCCCGGCGGGGACUGCAGGCGAUGACUCAGGAUGCAGCCAGGGGCCACGACGUGCACGGAGGACCGCAUCCAGCACGCCCUGGAGCGCUGCCUGCACGGGCUCAGCCUGAGCCGCCGCUCCACCUCCUGGUCAGCGGGGCUGUGUCUGAACUGCUGGAGCCUGCAGGAGCUGGUCAGCCGGGAUCCGGGCCACUUCCUUAUCCUCCUGGAGCAGAUCCUGCAGAAAACCCGAGAGGUCCAGGAGAAGGGCACCUAUGACCUCCUCGCCCCCCUGGCCCUGCUCUUCUAUUCUACUGUCCUCUGUACACCACACUUCCCACCAGACUCAGAUCUCCUUCUGAAAGCAGCCAGAACCUACCACCGGUUCCUGACCUGGCCUGUUCCCUACUGUAGCAUCUGCCAGGAACUGCUCACCUUCAUCGAUGCUGAGCUGAAGGCCCCAGGAAUCUCCUACCAGCGACUGGUGAGGGCUGAGCAGGGCCUGUCCACGAGGAGUCACCGCAGCUCCACCGUCACCGUGCUGUUGCUGAACCCGGUGGAGGUGCAGGCCGAGUUCCUCGCCGUGGCCGACAAGCUGAGCUCGCCCAGGCACUCUCCGCACAGCACCUACACCACCCUCCUCCUGCACGCCUUCCAGGCCACCUUCGGGGCCCACUGCGACCUCCCAGGUCUGCACUGCAGGCUGCAGUCCAAGACCCUGGCAGAGCUCGAGGACAUCUUCACGGAGACCGCAGAGGCACAGGAGCUGGCAUCUGGCAUCGGGGAUGCUGCUGAGGCCCGGCAGUGGCUCAGGACCAAGCUGCAGGCAGUGGGAGAAAAAGCCGGCUUCCCUGGUGUCUUAGAUCCUGCAAAGCCCGGCAGGCUCCGCACCAUCCCCAUCCCUGUCGCCAGGUGCUACACCUACAGCUGGAACCAGGACAGCUUCGACAUCCUGCAGGAAAUCCUGCUGAAGGAACAGGAGCUGAUCCAGCCAGGAAUCCUGGGGGAUGAUGAGGAGGACGAGGAGGACGAGGAGGACGAGGAGGAGGACUUGGAAACCGACGGGCAUUGUGCCGAAAGGGACUCACUGCUCUCCACCAGCUCGGCUGCCUCCCGCGACUCCACCCUGUCCCUCGUCUCGUCCCAGACCUCAGGACCCACCCUCUCCCGCCAGCUGCUGACCUCCUUUGUCUCGGGCCUCUCGGACGGCAUGGACAGUGGCUAUGUGGAGGACAGCGAGGAGAGCACCUUCGAGCGACCCAAGAGGCCUGGCAGCCGGGAGCGCAGGGGCCACCGCAGGCCCGGGCAGAAGUUCACCAGGAUCUAUAAACUGUUCAAGAGCACCAGCCAGCUGGUCCUGCGGAGGGACUCCCGGAGCCUGGAGGGCGGCUCGGACACCACCUUGCCCCUGCGGCGGGCCGGCAGCCUCUGCAGCCCCCUGGACGGCCUGGUGCCACCCCCGUCCAGGGCCCAGCGCUCCCGCUCCCUUCCCCAGCCCAAGCUCAGCCCCCAGCUGCCCAGCUGGCUCCUGGCCCCCGCCUCCCGCCACCAGCGCCGUCGCCCCUUCCUGAGUGGGGAUGAGGACCCCAAGGCUUCCACGCUACGUGUCGUGGUCUUUGGCUCCGAUCGGAUUUCGGGGAAGGUGGCUCGGGCGUACAGCAACCUGCGCAGGCGGCUGGAGAACAAUCGUCCGCUCCUCACCCGGUUCUUCAAGCUUCAGUUCUUCUACGUGCCCGUGAAGCGGACCCACGGGCCCGGCACCAGCACCAGCCCAGCCUCCCCCAGCCCUUCCCCGCUCCCCACAGACUCCCCGAGGCACCCCGGCCCUACAGAGCCGGGCGCGCCCCCCUGGGAGGAGAGCACCAACGACAUCUCCCACUACCUCGGCAUGCUCGACCCCUGGUAUGAGCGCAACGUGCUGGGCCUCAUGCACCUGCCCCCCGAGGUCCUGUGCCAGCAGUCUCUAAAGGCUGAGCCCCGGCCCCUGGAGGGCUCCCCGGCCCAGCUGCCCAUCCUGGCGGACAUGCUGCUCUACUACUGCCGCUUUGCGGCCCGGCCGGUGCUGCUGCAGGUCUAUCAGACGGAGCUGACCUUCAUCACCGGGGAGAAGACAACGGAGAUCUUCAUCCAUUCCCUGGAGCUGGGUCACUCAGCGGCCACGCGCGCCAUCAAGGCCUCAGGUCCCGGUAGCAAGCGGCUGGGCAUCGAUGGUGACCGGGAGGCCAUCCCUCUAACACUACAGAUUAUUUACAGCAAGGGGGCCAUCAGUGGACGGAGUCGCUGGAGUAACAUGGAGAAGGUCUGUACCUCUGUGAACCUCAGCAAGGCCUGCCGGAAGCAGGAGGACCUAGACUCCAGCGUGGAGGCCCUAACGCUAAACCUGACAGAAGUGGUGAAAAGGCAGAACCCCAAAUCCAAGAAGGGCUUCAACCAGAUCAGUACAUCGCAGAUCAAGGUGGACAAGGUGCAGAUUAUCGGCUCGAACAGCUGCCCUUUUGCUGUGUGUCUGGACCAGGAUGAGAGGAAAAUCCUGCAGAGUGUGGUCAGGUGCGAGGUCUCCCCCUGCUACAAGCCGGAGAAGAGCGGCCCCCGCCCCCCGCCCCAGAGGCCCUCUUACCCGCCGCUGGCCCAGACAGCGCCCGACCUCUGCUCCCUCCUCUGCCUGCCCAUCAUGACUUUCAGUGGAGCUCUGCCCUAGCGCAGCUGGCACCAGCCUGGACAGGAAGCCUGGGGGCAGCCUCCCCCGAGCCCCCUUCCCCAGGGACAGUGCGGGCCUCACUCCCUGUGGAGAACUGAGCAGCCCUGUGCUGGGCCAGGGUCCUGCUGUGGGCCCUGCAGAGGGCAGGGGGCAGAGGGUCGACGGGGCCUCAGGGCUCUGUUUGGGGAAGAAACUGGGCAUUAGGGAGAAGGGACUGGCCACACAGCCCCUCAGGUUCUGCACAGCAGAAAGGAGAGGGCUGGGUGAGCUGACCUCCAAAGACCCUGGCCUCUAGUGUGGUCUAGGCUCCUUUCUAGAAGAAAGAUCUGAGGCUCUGGUGCUCUGGGGUGUGAUCCAGGCCUCCUCUCCCAACCCUUGGCCAGGCCUGCCCCUUACUUCAUCAGACUUGGAGAAACCUUUGUGUCUGGAGUUCAGUCCCCCCUACUCAGGGGUUCAGGUGGCAGAAAUGUGGAUGUGACUUUUCUGACAGUGCUGUCCCCCCGCCCCAGUCCCUCUCUGUCACACACACACACACACACACACACACACACACACACACACACACACACUUUCUCUCUCUCAAGUUCCCUGGGUCUUCUGACAAACAGCACUAACACUUGACCUGUCUGCAGUCAGGACUUGGAACAGAUUCUCUCUGAAGCCUCUUUCUGGAUCGAGAUCCUUGGGAGACAGGACAAGCUUAGAUUCAGUGGCAGCUCAGUUACCUUCCAGCUAAGUGACCAGAAGAAAGUGAAUUAGCUUCUGUGAGCCUCCCUCUCCUGAGCACUAAGAUGGAGGUAUGUAAGGCCUCCUUAAAGGGUUGAGACGAAAUGGUCUGCCAAGCAGGUGCUCAGUAAAGCUUAGUGGCCUCGCCCUCUAAGCGCUGUCUAGAGGGUGGGGAUGCUCUCACCGUUCUGGGUUGCUCUUUAUUCCCUCCUUGGCCCCUGUGCCUUCCAUUGCCAUCUCACUCCUUGGGCUGCCCAUCCCAUGCGAAAUCUUCCAGCUCGAAGGUUCACUGGCACCAUCGCGCCUGGGCGAGUUCCCAGAGUGGAGGAUGGAGUGCUGACCUUGAGGAGCUUAGUGCCCGACUGGAGGAAAAUGGGUGAUAGAACAUCAGAGCCAAAAAUGUUAAACUGCCAAGUUGCAGUGGUUUGAGAAGCUGGAAGCAAAAAUGUGGGCUAGGGUGGUUGGGCGGAGGGCAGGGCUUGGGGCCGGGAUUUGGACUGAUAGACAUGGAGAAAGUAACUGCGGAAGCAGACAGCUGUAUCCUGCACAGAGCCCCUCCUUCCCCUCCUGCCCCUGCUCCUGCUCCUGCUUCAUCUGCUCCAAAGGUUCUGGGCUCAUAGGAGCCCAGAAACCCCACCCCAGUGUACUCAUCACUCGAGAGAAGUGGACAGUCCGGCUCCGACCCUGUCCCGGCUACCUGUACUUGCUCCUGGCCCCAGAGAAUAGUUGGCAAUAUCCCUUCGAUAUUUUUUGUUUCAUGUGAGCAGGUUGUCCUACUACAUGACCAACAGAUGUUGAGAAUAAAAAAAAUGGAACUUAAUGUUAUUGUCAAAUGAAA